AGCAUGAAUCACUUCCCUUCUUGCAGCUUUGCUUGAUGAGCCUGUGACUGUUCCCUCCCCAGACAGUCCUUUUUGUUCCUGAGUUCCCUCUGGGUUUGUUUAAUUUUGAUGUGAACCUCCGGAGCGAGAGCCCCUGCCUGUGUCUGCUGCUCCGCAAGGACGGGGAGGCUCUGAUCUGUGGUUCUGAACAAAUGUGUUGAGCCUAAUGAACGACCAAAGCCUUUGUUUGGAAUUCACGGCUCCCUCCAUUGGCUGUUCCUCCCUGUUGUGCAGCAUUGGCUUUGUGGGAUUUCAGUGCUGGAAACUUGCCAGAGGCCGGGGUGUGCCAUAGAAUGGAGUUCCCCUGGUCCCUCGCUGCUCAGCUGCACACGGCUCACCUGAGGCCCAGCUGACUUGAACAGGGCAGAAAUCGGAGCCAGUCUGUAAUCUGUUUGUUGCGCACUGUUGGUCAGUGAGUACAGCUGAAUGGAUUUAACUACCUGUGGGAUCAGGGCAACAAUUCUCUAUUAAACUGAGAAUAGUGUUUCAAGCCUUCUUUGUACAAGUUAAAGCUGUUUCUGGUAGUGUUGUAGGAUGAUAUGAGGCUGCAGAAAAUAAGAUGACAGGACAGAGCUGAAGAAACUGCACAAAAUGACUAGUCCCUUGACAGUAAGUCACUGUUUUUCUAUCCCCAGUGCUACCAAGCUAAAUCCAAGUGGAAACCGUAAAUGAAGAUGACGUUCUGUGGUUAAAUAACUAUGCAUGUGUCCUUAAAAACAUCACAACUCUCUCUGUGACGGCCAGCUUCCUAUCGCUUGGUUACUGCUUUGUAUUUUGUGGUUACUAAGCUACCUCUCUCAAGUUAAACCACAAAGCUUGCUGGACAUUCCAGAGACUACCUUAACCCUCUUCAUUCUGGCUGCUGAAAUGACUGAGUGCUGAAACAAUAACCAAUCGAAAAGCAAGGGCCCAGCAAAUCCUCACCAGGGACAGGAUGGAAGAUUACUGUUUCUUCAGCUCUCUUAGUGCCUCUGUGGUAGAGUGAGGUGAUGCCACGGGAUGGAAGUCUCUGAAACACAGGAGCUGGACACAGACCUGGAGCUAGAACCCAGCCUCGAGGAUCAGGAUGAAGAUAUUUUCAGUCACAUGGAUGAGAAUGGGAUAAUCGGAAUGGACGAGGUUGAUGAAUAUUACCUGCAGUACCCCCUGGGGCUGGAAGAGAGUUUAGAAACUGACAUGCAGAAUGACCCUAAAUUGGGCAUCCCGGAAAACCCACAGGACUCCAUGGACGAUGAGAGCUUUAACAUCAGUGAAUUUCAGGAUUCAGAUGCUGCUCCAUUGUCGCUGUCUACAGAGGAAGAUCCGAGCCCCAGCCAUCUGAUGUAUGAAUCAGACCCACAGGAGGAGGACAAGAUUCUCAAUAAUCAACAUUAUGAGCAAGGCGAACAAAGUGACAGAACUGAAAACAAGAAGGAUCUGGGAUCUCAUCACUUACAAAAUGAACGAAUUUCAGUGGAGCACAAGGAAGAUGAAGAGGAUUACCCUGACCUGCUAUAUAAAAAGGAACUUGCAGAAACAAAUCCAGACUUGUGGGGCAGGUAUAGAAAAACACCAAGUUUACUAAAUCAUGGCGAUGACUUCUCAGUGCAAAGAAUAAAGGACAACACUAAGAAACUUUCUGAUCAGCCCAUCGGGCGAAAUAACCGCUCAAAAACACAGUGUCAACAUUCUAGCCUAGCAGUUCAUGAUUAUUAUUCUGAAGACUUUGAAACAAGGUACUCCAAUGACGAAGAUCAUCUUGGGGGCGUGUUAGAACUGUCCAGUGACAGCCGAGGAUGUGCCAGUCAGCUCAAGAAGGAAGGAGAGGAUAACUCUUCAUCGAAUCGCUCAGGGUUCCACUUUAACCAGGUGAUGCUGGAACGUCUCUCGGUUGAGGACCUGGCAAAUGAAGCAGAUAUUGAGGCUGAAAGUAUUCCUGGGUCAUCAUGUUCUGACAGUGUUGGAGAAUCAGUGGGAGGAAAUCCUGAAAAAGAAAGAACUUCUGUAAAAGAUCUAUGGUGUGGUAACAAAAGACAUGAUCAGAUCAGACAUCCCGGGGUCAGUAAAACAGCAUCUAAUGGCCACAUUGAGUUAAACAAUUGUCAAACACAUCCAUAUUUUAGUAAACCAUUAACAGAUAAGAACAGCCGGCAGUUAAAAACUCUAAACCCCCAAAGAGGAACAGUUAAACAAAGAGCAUCUACGAAGCCACUUCCACGAAAGAUUAACUCAGAAACCGCAAUUUAUGGCCGGGGUCAGCUUAACUACCCGCUGCCGGACUUCUCUAAGGUGGAGCCCCGUGUUAAGUUCCCCAAGGAUGUACAGGUCUACCAGAAGCCCAAGAGUAAGGUUACUGCCUUGGGGAAGAGCAGGACAGAGCCCCAUCUUUUCCAAUCUCCUGCCGAAAUUGUUCGCCAGGUGCUGCAGAACAGCAGUGAGUGGCCUCUCAUCACACCGACUCCGUCCGAGGUCAAGGUGGUGGGAGAGUUCAGGUGCCCACAACAAGCCACUGAGAUGGUCUAUCAGCUGCAGGAGGAUUAUCGGCGCUUGCUCACCAAGUACGCUGAAGCAGAGAACACCAUCGACCGGCUGCGGAUCGGGGCCAAGGUCAACCUGUUUGUUGAUCCUCCUAAUCCGGGGCACAGUUUCCAGGGAGAAACCAUGAAUCGGGCUUCAAAGGUCAUGACAUUUGCCAUCUCACAUCCACAGAAAGCCAAAUUGGGCCCCUCUCUGGACUCCAACGCUCAAACGGAAUGUCAGGACAUGCGGGAGUUGCCAGGAACAUUGGGUGGGACCUGGAUCUCCAGCCAGAACGACCCAACAAUGGAGCCAACAGCAGGCAACUGUCUGAAUUUGACCCUUGCCCAGCAGAUUGAGGUUCUGCAGGAACAGAUUGGUACAUUUGAAACAUUCCUUAAAGCUAGAAAGCUGUCAUCAGGGGCUCAGCUAAAGGCAUUUCAGAAAUUGAGAGAGGGUCAAGAUGCCCUAGAGCGAGGGUAUCUCCAGGCCCGGGAGAAAUACCGUGGCCUCCAGCAGCAGAGCACCAGUGCCAAUAGUUACACCAUUGGCAAUUUUGACCCCAACAGGGAAAUGGAGGGAAACAUAUUUCGGCUUGGAAUGCGCUUGGAGGAUAUGAGGGAGCAGAUUGACCAGGUGCCUGAGACCAGUGCCCUGUCAGACCAUAGUUCUGAUGAUGGAGUGAAUCCUAGCUCAUGGAUCACCAAAAGACCAGCCCCACAACCAUGCAGACCAGAGCCAAUAGUACAGCCUCCAAAACCUGUGCUUCAGACCACAGCAGACACAGAACAGGACCCCAAACAUCAGAACAUUGUUCCUAGUGCGACAUUCCAGCUGGGGAAGGUGGACGCGGUGGUGAGCUCAGUGAGCGGGGACAGUGAAAAUGAGGAUGCCUUUCCUACUACCCUCAAACACAAGAAGAUGCAAUUGGAGGAAAGCUUUGAUCAGCUGCUAGACCAAUGUGGAAGUUUCAAGGAUCUGCCUCUGUCACUGGAUUUCAACAAGGUGGGACAAAUCCCUGAAUCUCCACCCCUACCCCUAAAAGCAUUUGGCCAGGAAGUGGAGGGAGUGAAUCAGCUGAAGGAGGAAAGGAUGAGAGCUUCAUACAGUGAUAUGGAUGUAGAUAGCAGGAAGACACCUGAGCCGAGGCAACCAAUGAAAAUGCAAAAAAUGUUCUCCAGUGGUUCUAAGGAAUCUCAACAGCCUGUUCUAGAUAGAGGCCAAAUGCCCCCCAACAUCCAAUCCUUCCAAUCACGUACCAUGUCUGCAGACUCGACAGGAGCAUACUUGACUGAAGGAGCAGCUCUUUCACCUGGCAAGAGUGACACUCGUGUGGAUGGGAUUGUUUCUCCAGUACCUGUGCCUUACAAAACUCUUUUCCAAGUGGCUGCAGUCCCACCAGAGGAAGGCAUUAUUUCUCCGGAGACAGACAGCGGGUUUGUGGGCUCUGAAGUCAGCCGGAUCACUCCAGCCGUCCGUUCUCCCGAACACCACCACCCCCUCAGCAGAUCUCCAAGCCAGAGAGAAACAUUACUGAGAUCUCCCCCAGGAGGAAUGGCACAACCUAAGCAAGCCCUCAGCUCUCUGGAGGCUCCUCAGAGAGGUGCGAACCACCACUUCACCAUCAGCCAGGACCGACAGGGAUGGGAAAGUAUUGUCCAAGGAGGUCAUUCCCAAACCAGCUCUCCACAGUUCCGUGUUGGCAGCACAAUCAAUGAGUUUGAGCAGGACACGUUCAUCAGUCACAUGGAGUCAGAAGCUGAUGGUCUCGGUCCCUGUGCUGGGCAGAGGUGUCAACGUUCGUCUCUGAUCUCGUCACCUUUAACCUCCCAUCCUAAAGUUCAGUACAGUCCCAGCCUUUUAAACAUUCGAUCAACUAGAGAUGAGCUGAUUCAAGCAUUGCAAGCAGAGGUUUCACAACUCCGGGAUCGCCUGCAGCAGAUUUUACCGAAGCCCCAAGGAGAUUCCGAAAGGAAUUCACCACCACCCAGACCUCGAAGGCACGUUAUUCACCGGCGUUCCCUCAGGAGGAAACUCUCACAGAAAAGUGAGGAGGAGGGAGAGGGCCAGACAAGCAACAAACCUUCAGCAAGUCACAGCCGCUCAAAACCAAUCCCACACUUUGGAUCAGAGCCCGAAAUCAGCACUGAAUCUGAAAUAUUGUCUUCCUUCCCACACCCUCCUGCUUCAAAGAAAGCUUCAAUUAGCCAGAUCAAUGAGAGGCCAUCUCCUUCCAAGAUCCAAAGAUCCAGGCCCAUUAAAGGUCCUUAUACAGGCACAGAUUACAGUUUCUUUGUACCACAGGACCACAGACUGGAAUGUGGAAAUCUACAUUGCCCCUCAUGUAGCGUACCAGAGGUGGUCGAUGGCCCAUUAAGGACGGCAGCCCCCCUCACCAGCAGCCCUAGAAGCAACCGUUUACCUGUCUAUAAAGGAUUGGGAAUGUACAAUGACCAUGGAUCUGAUGGGAAACCAAAACAUUUUACUAAAGAUGAGAGAAAAUCCUCUGAGGGGCAUAAAGGCCAGGGGCAGCAAACAAUUCAAACAGUGGAGUCUCCUGUCGCCAUUGGCUAUGUUCCAGCACCAUAUUACUUGCCUGCUGCUUCACAAGUGUGUUUCUCUGCCCCAGCUUGGACAUACGUGCCUCCAACCCAGUCCCACAUUUACUACCGUUUGGGACGUAAAGAACUGAGCUCAAGGCCAAACUCUGGAGCCAAAUGGUCAAAAAGCCAUCACGACCCAUCGUCACCGCUCAGAGACAGCCCAGCUGCUAGCGAUGAAGCAUUCACGGUGUUGGACCUCAAUAGCUCCCUGGACCAGCUUAUCAAGGCUGCAAAGAGCAUGAAAUGGACAACGCUGAAGAUGGUGAAGUCACUCACAACUGAUCUUUGUAAGGUCAAGACCAGCUGACAAAGCUCCCUCCUGAACACACUUUUGUUUCAUUCGUCACGUUUCUUCUCAUUGUUUAGCUGAAGGUCAUCGCCAACACCAUUUCUGAUUUACCUCUUUAAUUUUGGGAUAUCAGUCAUAAACUCAUCUCAGAAGCACUAGCCCCAAAUCAAAUGGGUGUGUCUGCCUGUAGUCAUUGUUCAACGGGAAAAAUUAAUGACCAUAAAUCUGCCUUUGGACAGUGCAGUGGUUGUGAGCGAUUCAGGCAGACAGUGUUAAACAGCAUUGUGACUUCCAGUUCACAGUCAAUGUGAUGACGUGGUCCCCUGGGCUGAGUGAAUCACCGGUCAGAGAUGGGAAGCUUACACGUGGAUCAUGGGGACUCUGACAAGCAAGAUUGCAAUGUCUCCUCACACUGUGGGCUGUUAUUCACCAACUUGCUGUCUCUUUUUCACCAUGAUUAGUCACCUAGCUUUUGUUAGCCUAGUCCUUCUUGUGCCAUGAAUUUCUUAGUUGAAAUCCGUUAUAAACAAUUUCCUGUCUGAGGGCAAACCAAAGGAGAGCAAAGGUCACCCAUGCUGUUCCAGAUUGCCAAGAUGCUUUACUUCAGUAACUGCAGUGUGCCUGCAAUUACUCAUUAUCACACAUUUGUAUUGUGGAUGGCAGCCAUUCUCAAAGUGUGGUAAGUAACUGUGCGCAGUCAGACACAGAGGUCUCCAGUGUGACCCCGAGAGGGUUAACAGAGAUUUAAAAUUCUGUUAUUGCCUAGUUCAUGUUUUCAGAUUGUUCAGACUUCUGCAGUUUUAAAUAAUAGAAUUUGGAAUAUAGUAUUUUUACCUCAAGUGCCAUCUAAGUAUAUUGGAUAGAAUUGAGGUUGUUAGCUUUUUAAGAAUCCUCGAUAGGAAAGCAAAUUUGCACUGAAACAUUGAUGUAGCUUGUAUCCUGGCACUUGGACUAUUAUUAAUUUAUGGUGCCUCACACACUGUGACUUGUUACCCAUGUUACACAACUCUGUUUAACAGCUUAGUUAGAUAUUAAACUCAGGGAACUGUAGCUUUCAAAUUAACAAAGACUUGAUUCCAUCUAGUCCGACACCAAAGCAGAUCAUCUGCUUAUAAAGAUUAGGUUAUUCUAGAUACAUGGUGAAUUUUGUUCAAAACUCCAUGCAAGUUGAGACCAAAGUACUAUGCUGAGACUCAAAGUGGUCCACACAGACUGGGGAAGCUCUUAAAAUGUCCUCAGUUGGUGCUAACUUUUCAGGGUCUUGGGAUUGCUGAUUUACUGGGACCAACAGUUUGCAGAUGAAGGACCUCGGAUCUGGAUGGAACCAAUCUCUCUUGAGUUGGAUUUACUUAUGACUUUUCUGCCUCAGCUGCAGGAAAUCAGUGGAAAUGCAGUCAACUUCUGACUUACAUGCACUCAACUUCAUAUAACUUGACUAGACUCGGAAGUGGCAUGACAAUGGCAUAAACAGUGCAAAUUUGGACCACCUUCUGAGUUACUCUGUGCCAAGCUCAAGGAGGCUCCAUUCCAGCCAUUGUAGAAUGUUACUCAGGAUGCACAAAAAAACACACAUAAACAGCAAAGUAUCUUUGCUGUGACCGAACCCAUCUGCAGAAAUUUAAACAGGCAGUUGAUUCCAACUGUUAGAAGUUUAGAGUUUUUGUGGCAAAUAAAUAGUUUAUACAUUGUCGGAUUUUAUGUUGACCUUUGAAGACCAGUUUCUAGGCUUGUGUAUCUGGAGAGCAGUCACUGCACACAUUUAAAAUCAGUUGAAUGCAAACUUCAGGUGUAAAGAGAACCAGUGAUGUUCAUCACAUUGAUUACUGAAGGCACUCAGUUAAACAUGCUGUACAACUCUGUGGAGCCAUACUUCAUAAAGACUUCUUUGAGCUUUCCUCUAGGGUUUUCGGAUCUGAACGUAUUUUCCAAACUUCUUUUGCACAACUUCCUCGUCACUUCACAGAAAUUUGGAAAGAAGAGAUCAGCACAUAAGAAGCAUCUAAGAAACUAAUGUGUUAGGUGGGAAUAUCUAUAAUCUGAUAAACUUGUGCCUCCUGGGUAACAUUCUACAAUGGCUGGAAUGGAGCCUGUUUGAGCUUGGCACAGUGUAACUCAGAAGAUGGUCCAAUUUUGCACUGUUUCCUCCCUGUGUAUUGUGUAGCUGAAGCUCAUUCACAUUCUUCAGUGAGCUCAGCAGUUUAAUGUUAUGGAUUUUAGAUGUUCACAUUGUAUCAAUAACUCAUUAAUGUCCAUGAUUAUGGUUAGGGAAUGUGAUCAUAAUCUCACAGACUUUUUUAAUGAAUUCUAUGCUUGGCUGAAAUGACAGACUUGAUUCAAGGUGUCAGAGACUGUAUUGACAUUUUUGUGAUGUAAAUUAGGGAUAUAAUCUGCUGGCUUUUAAAUGAUCAACAAAUGUAACUCUGGUACCUUUCUGUUGAACCAGCUGUUGGGAGUCAGCUUAAUCCCUUCUUCUGUAAGUUGUACACAGAAAAAGUGAAAACUACCACUGAGCUGCACGGUGUGAACUAAGUAUUAUUAUUCCAUGUAUUCCAGUUACAACAAACUGAGCAGAGAAUUAAUUCUUAUAUCCUACCACAGAUAGCAAUUGGGCCCACUUAUUGAUAUGCAUCACUUAUUGUACGACAAUUUCAGACAUACAACAGCAUUUAGAACUUAACAACCAAGAAAAGACCAGCUGAUUUAUUAAUCUCAGCUCAACAAGGUGACUGCAGCAUCUUUCCCAGAGUGUGUCUCAGCAGCAGUAAAUUCCACAGCCCUCUGCAAAAUUCAUCUCCUGUCCACUCAGUCCAGAAGGUCACGCAAAUCAAGCAUGAACUAUAAAUCUACUUCAUGCUUAGCUCAGGAUUCAGUUUGGUUCCCUCCUGAAAGCAACAAUUGCUGCAUAAAUCUGAUGUAUUCUCCACGUUUUCCCUGAAUACUUGAACAAUAAAGAGUGUUUCAAUGAACCCCAUAUCUAAUGGCAGGUAGUUUUGUACAUUUUAUAGACUCUUCUGUAGAGUGUUUAGUUUCUCAAAAGAUGUUUUAGUUCCUUUGCUUUGAGUCCAGGCAGUGGUGUAAAAGGACAAAUGUCAGUGAUAUUACUGAUACUGAAAACCUUGCACUCUGAUCAGUGCUGCUCUUCUCCCCAUUAAAUAACAAUAACAUCUUGCUCCACUGAAUUUUAUUUUCUCUCAUGAGCUACGUUAGCACAAACUUGUUUCACCAUAAAAUGUCCGUUAACUGUUAAAUCAAAAAUGUAUUAUUUUUAUGAUGUAAACAAAAAUAAAUAAUAAUUAGUUUUGUAUAAAGUGGUUUUACAAAACAUUUAUUAUAUUUUUUGUAAUAAAUGUGAUGUGGUACAAGUUAGAAACCUAAGUUUUUACGAACAAUAUUUUUCUUUGGAAUAAAUUGAUCUUCUGCAA